AAAUCCAAAGCCACUCAUUCACUCACUGAAACCCUUCUCUCUCUCUCUCCCUCUCUCACUCUUCCCCCAUCAAUCACUUCAUUUACUUCAAAACCCUCUCUUUCUCUCUCUAGAAACCGACCAAAAGAACAAAACUUGUAGGCACAACGCAAGAAAGCGCUACAUCCCAAAGGCCAAAGAGCCCUUUUGCUUCUCCCCCCAUUUUCCACUUAACAAAAAACACACACAAAUUCGGAAAGUUCGAGUCUUUUCGCAGAGAAACUCAAAUUCCAGCGAACAAAAUUGGAUUUUUAGGGUGAAAGAAAUUAAAUAAAAUUCGGAAUCCAUGGCGGAGAUUCAACCGCAGCCGGUUUCUGAGAUCAACGGCGGAGGACAGUUUUUGAUGGGUUCGUCCGAGACGGUAGGAUCGAAGCGACAGCGGAGACCCAGCGUCCGGUUGGGCGACAUCGGAGGAGACCAGCCGUACGAUUCGCAGGUGCGCCGCGCCACCAAGCCGUGGAGGCUCCCGCCGGACCACCGCAAAGACGCCAAUAAGUCCUCCAAGCCUCGACCUUUAACGAAUUUAAGCUCCGUUGGGGAAUUCCAUGAAACCCUAGACGGUGAAGACAGAGAGGCCAAUCUCGAUAGUGUUGCCAUUGGGAGCUGGAAGGUCAAGGACGCCAAGAAACGGGCUUCGAGCGUCAUGAAACGGGUCAGAUCCAAUUGGGUAUCUUCCAAGAUCGAUGAAGGUGGCGGCGAAGGGGACGAGAAAUUCAGUGGAGCGGAGGACGUCGAUGAUGGGUAUCAACGCGAUUUUGAUGUCGAAAACUCGGAAAGCCCGUUGAAAGAGCGGAGUCCAAUUCAUAGUUCGGAGAAUUUGGGUGUGGAUGGGCAUGCCAAUGGAAGGGAGCUGCUUUACCAUGGAAGUAGAAGACCCAUUAGGACCAGGAUUUCGGAGGGUAGGGAUAACCAUGAUGGUAUUGAGCUAUCCGGGCCGUCGGAUAACGAUGCCAGGGAUUGGAAUUGUAGAGGGACAAGUGGGGUUAGAAUUGGGAAUGAAGGAAGAGGAAGGUGUGGAGAAGAUGGGGUUAGGGUUUGGCUCAAUGGGUUAGGGUUAGGGCGUUAUGCGCCGGUGUUCGAAAUUCAUGAGGUGGAUGAUGAGGUAUUGCCCAUGUUAACAUUGGAGGACCUCAAGGAUAUGGGAGUAAAUGCAGUUGGGUCCAGAAGGAAAAUGUAUUGUGCAAUUCAGAAGCUGGGGAAGGGGUUUUCUUGACUUUUGCUUUUGUGACUGUUGGCAAACGAAAAAUCGAAAAAAAUCCUCAGCCAUGGCAACGUAAGAGACAUGCCUGCAAGUAAAACUGGUUUGAGCUUUUUGGUUAUAUUUUUUUCUCUCAAAUCUCAACUCAGUAGUAUUUUGGAUAAGUAGAUUUUGGUUUUCAUUGCACUAUUUACUUUAUUUUUCAUGCUUUUGAUGCGGUGCAAUUUUGGAUCCUUGUACUUCAUUUUGGUAGUAAUGCUGAACUAGUUAUAGUUAUCCAUUGAUCAGAGAACUGUUGUUUUCUUAGUUGGUUGUAACCUCUAGGACAGAAUGGGUAAAAGAAAUGCCUAUAAUUGGUUAAAGGAAGGAUCAAUUGGAGUCA